GAAUCUCAAGUUUACUCUUUUUUUUCUUCUUCUUCUUCUGUUGAAUACUGUGAUAUUCAUCAGAGAUCAGAAGUUAUGAGCAUGAGAAUGAGUAGUGGUAAUUCGGAUUUGAGUUUAUCAGUUUCAGAUGCACAUCCUGAGACAAUGGAUUUCCUUUCACUUGCAUGGUGCAACUUUGCCGUACAAGCUCUUGCCCCUCCUCCCCCUCACCUUCAAUUGGACCCUCUACCUUCCCCCAACAAGAUGGAAAAUUGUGCUAAGAUGGAUGGUCCAGAUUUCAUGUCUCUUCCACCAUGGAACUCCAAUAAUGAUGUCAAGUCAUGGUUACGGAUGCAGCAAGCUAUGCAUCCUGAACUGAACUACAACACUUGUUUCCGCAAGAAAUGGAUGCCAUGGAAGGAAAUGGUGGCGCCUUUGAAGAGUGUGUCAAUAAAGAAAUGGUUUAAGGAGAUAAAGCAGAAGAGGAAAGAGGAGCAGAGGUUGCAAAGGGCAGAGGUGCAUGCAGCAGUAUCCAUCGCAGGUGUUGCCGCCGCUCUUGCUGCCAUUGCUGCUGACAACAAUAAUAAGAAGGAAAAUAAAGAUGAUGAUGAUGAUGAGUCCAAAGUCAAUAAGGAAGAGAGGGAAGCAGCCAUAGCAUCUGCGGCUGCAUUGGUGGCAUCGCAGUGUGCAAAAGUAGCUGAGGCCAUGGGUGCUAACAAACAACAACUCUCCAAUGUCAUUACCUCCGCCAUCACUGCCACUUCCACCACUGAUAUCCUUACUUUCACUGCUGCUGCCGCUACAUCACUAAAAGGAGCAGCAACACUAAAAGCAAGAACAGGAUGCAACAAUAAUAACAGACCUAGUGGGGGAGCCCCAGUCUUGCCUAUUGAAGACAACAACAACAACCACGAUGACUUCAAUUUUGAUUUCGACAAGGGCAGAUAUAUUCUUGCACAGGGUGCUGAGCUAUAUGUGGAGUCACCACAAGGGAAGUACAUGCCCAGAUCAGUUUCUGUCAUUCUAGACGGUAGAGCCAAGGUUGUACUUAUCAUGAGGAAGCAUAAUCUAUUUAAAAGCAAGAAAGAGAGUAUUGUGGUGAAUAUGCAUGCCGAGGUGUACAAAGGUUCAGAAGAAGCAGAUGGUGACACGUGUUAUCUGAUAGCUCUGACAACAAGAGGAGGGGCAUUAUUCAAGCUAGACAUGGCCACUGAUUUCCGUCGUUACAAGACAUGGGCCACCACCAUCAACCGGAUGCUCAAGAUCUCCGCUCAUCAUAAACAUGACCUCCAAUAUUACUGAAUCCAAUUACAUCUUAUUAUUAUUAUUAUUAUUUUAUUAUUAUUAUUAUUAUUAUUAUUAUUAUUAUUAUUAUUAUCCCCACGUACUUAACUUUUUUUUUUGUAUCCAUAUAAAUAUUUCCGGGUGUUUAAUUUUUUUUUAGUGGACUGGAGAUGUUACUUUUAUCUAAUUCUGGAGUUUUAAAAAAUUUGUCUACAUAUGGAAUAUCACGAAAUUGCUAACGGUGAUUUUACUACUUUUUCUCAAAAUUGUUAGUGGCUGUUAGUUUUUGUACCUCUUUUUUGAAACAAGUCGGUAGCAAUUUCAAUACCUUUUUAAAAAUUGCUUUUCACAAUUUCAUGAUACUCCAUAUUCAAGUCAAAUUUUUUUAGACUCCAGAAUUUCAUUAAAAAAACACAUUUCCAUUCUAUAUAAAAAUUAAUCUCCCCAUGUUUAUGCAUGUUUGUACUCUAUGUAUUUGUAAGUUGUAACUAUUUCAAUAAUAUCGA